GGUGAGAGUACAGUAAACGUAAAAUGGCGGAGACUAGCUUUCGAAAACAAGGCGAAGGACACUGAUACAAGUCGGGAACAUGCACAAAACCGAAGACCUGCUCCAUAUAACCGGACAGGUAAUGGGAUUAUACCUAUAUUAGCGACUUGAAUUUCGGUUUAUGUAUUCAGCAUAUUUAGAAUUAAAUUUCUUACGCAUGACGAAGGAAUACACUCAUGCCACCAUCAAAUAUAUAGAACGUCUAGUAAGAUAGGCACCAUUAUAGUGAAAAAGUCGAUUAAGUUUAAGUAUCGUUAGUUGGGAAAAACAAAAGGAAAAGAAUCCGUAUGACUUGACUUUAUUGGCCACACUGCAUUACAGUCUAUAAAAAGUUACUUUAAAUGAAUAAGGUGAUUCAUAUUUUUAGUCUUAUUAAUUUUAAUUUGAUGCUUUUACAAAAUAUAUGUUGCACUUGACGCUCAACUUCGCGCUGAAGCAAAACAAAAAAAACUGUUUAAGUGACUUAACUUCUUCAAUGUAUGUGUAUUCACAGUUCACAAUCAAGGAUUGCAGCAGUUCUCGUUUCAGGGAGUCCACUUCAAUCACUUCAAUUACAAUACAUAACGGUUUUCAGCACAUCAUGAUUCAUGGAAAACAAAAAUGUUUCAUCACGGGAUAACAAAAACAAAUAUAAGUUCCCCCACUCACUGUUCAAAUGCAGCGUAUGGGCAAACAUUUUUAAAAACAUUUUUCUUGUAUCUGUAUGUUCGUGUAUCCGCUUCCCAGGUUUGCACCAGAGCAGUAGUAAGGCAAAUUCACAAGGACAAGCAUCAGGCAGGAGCCUUAAUCGGGGUUACACCUCAAUUAUGGCCCCUGCUUCAGCCGAACUAACAUUACCACAAGCUCAAGAAAAAGAAGAUAGUAAAAGCCAAGAACAAGCAGCGAAGGCCGAAAGAUUUUUAUUUGAGAGCACAGGUAAAAAGAUUUAUUAAAAACCGUUGACAGCAUUUUUGUUUCGUUUAUAACGAAAAAAUUUUUAAACAGUAAUCGUUAAGCCCAAAUGCAGUUGAUCUAAUAUUAAUAAUGCUAAAAAUGUGUCUUAGUUUUAAUCCUUGUGCGUGCCUUGUCAAGCAAGACUUGUAGGCAGCAACAGAGGAAAUAAAUGGAAUGCAAAUGUAUUUUUUUUCGUAGAAGUUAACGGAGCUGCUUGUUAAUAUAAUAGGUUAAGCUUAAUCGAGCACUCUUUUUAAGUUUUUUUUUAUCGUUUUACAAUUUGACAUUUUGUUUUGGACAAAAGGAAAAUUACUCUGAAAGUUAAAAAAAAAGAUCUGUUUCAGCCCCAAAGUGCCAAUUCAGCCUGUAGGCCAAAGUCUAAUUCAACAUCAACAACAAUUUUGACUAAAAGGCAGAUGAUACUUGAAGCACUGCCCGCAGCUAGCAAGGCUAUUCCAGGCGGAAUGGUGCGUGCAAAAAAAAUUAAUAAGGUGAAGGUUAAUUAACUAAGAAAAAUUUUAAAGUUAACCAAUCAAAUGAAAUAAAAAUCGUAACAUGGUUGAGGACUUAAUACACGACAGAGAAGAAAGAAUUAAACAAAUAUAACAAACUGUAAAUUAAAGUAGAAUCAAUUAAGCAAAAAAUAUAUAUAAAUUAUAUAUUUUACGACAUUUUUUGGGUGAUUUUACUGUUUUAAUUAAAGUGGGCUUUUCGAUAUAGACAUCUUCUUUAAUUCCUGAAAAUAUCAAUUAAUAAGUUGCGGAGUGUUUUCAGUCCCUCCUGGAGCCCUUUGAUCACAAUUUAAGCCGAAACAGCCCUGUCGUGAAUGCCAAAGGGCCGUUCUUCACGAUAUCCCAGUUUUAAAGCAAACAGGGUUUAUUUCACAGCUUCGAUCCUCACAGUACAACGGCUCGCUCACAUACUACACAAAAUCGUGACUUUCUUGAAUCUAUAAGCUUUAGAUUUUAAUGCGAUCUGUCAUCAAGUUCUCUGUCGCUCUGACAGACGAGUGAAACUAUUAAUAUCAAAAUCAAAGGAAUAAAAUCACGCCAUCUCACAAUCACGCUACACUCUUGCUUCAUAACAAGCCCCAUCAAAAGGCUAUUGAAUUCCAGCAUCCCAGGACGUCUAAUAAGUUACGUGCCAUUAUAGUCGGCAGUUAUGUAUCGUUAGUUGGGAAAAAAGAGAGCAAACGAGUCCCCUUGACUUGAACCUCUGUCGACUUCACACCUAGAAUGCAGUGGAUUUUCUACUUAGAUAAUCAUUUCUUCCUUGAAUUUACGUUCGUGGGCCGGGAUAUCUUCUGCUAACGGUUCCUUAGAAUAAAAUAUCGAAGACACUAUUCCUUUUUGCUUUCUAUCAAACAGGUUUGCGUGAGGACACAAGUAAAGUUAGUGUACUCAAACGAGUUUUUGAGGAAGGUUCUUUCAGAAGAGCUGAAGGGCAAAAUGGCGACGAAAGCCGUGAACAUGCACCAAAACGAAUACGUACUUCACAUUCAAGGACCGGUGUACUCAAACGAGUUUUUGAGGAAGGUUCUUUCAGAAGAGCUGAAGCGCAAAAUGGAGACGAAAGCCGUGAACUUACACCAAAACGAAUACGUACUUCAUAUAAAAAGACAGGUAAUAAGGAAGUAAUUUAAGAAAAAUAUAUAAUAAAAAAAUAAAAGGCAUCAAUUACAGGCCUUAUGAGUCGAAUUUUAACCCUAUUCAGACUGGGGGGGUGGCUUUUCGAACCCCCCCUCCGGCAAAAUCGUAAUAACUCCUACACCGAAAGAGCUAUGACGUUCAAAUUUUCUGACUUUUCCUAAAAUUUAUCUAGGAACAUUUUGGUAUAAUUACCAUGUCCAUGCGAUUAAUCAUGUUGCCAUGGCAACCAGUUUCUGACACAUAGGUUUUGGAAAAUUUAGAAAAUGGUGAUUUUUUUGUUUUAAGAUCGCGUUUUUACACUUAUAGUGCUUUUUGUUGUUAAAAUGGUCUUUGCUUGGGACUAGUUUUUGAAUUGCAUCAAAAUGUUUCAACAUCGAAUAUUUGGGGGGGAGGGGUGGGGUAAAAUUUGUCACUUUUUUGCUUUGACAAAUAUGCUGCUCUAUUUUCCAAAUAACACUUCCAAAGUAAUUUGUUUGGGUAAUAAACAUUAGUUUGAUACUUCUUUUGCACAUUCUGAAAGUUGCUUUAAAUUAUAAUUUUAACAAAAAAACGGAAAUCCAAGAUGGCGGAUCCAAGAUGGCGGAUCCAAGAUGGCGGACAACCAUUUCAAAUUUUAAAUUUUAUUGUUUCCUAUUGCUUUUUCUCGCUGUACAAGUGUUUCCUUGUUACUAGUUCAUAAGAAAGGAUAACAAAGAGAUGACUUUACCAAUAUUAUUGAUAUUUUACGUAUCUAAGUGGAAAAAUAAUAAGAAACAUUGAAAAAUCGGAAUAUGACGUCACUGUGACGUCAUCAUUGGGCGUGGCAAGUCAAAACUGGGUGUGGGGCUUCUUUGUACGGAGAUAAUCAUUGUGUGUAAAUUUCAUGACCCUAGCAUUAUUGGUUCCAGAGAUACAGAGGGGGGGUCCGAGGAGCCCCCCCCCCCCCCAGUUACAGAUUGACUAAAAAAGCCCAGUCUGAAUAGGGUUAAGAUUAUGGUGAGUAACGUUAAGGCCAAACGUCAUAUUUUUCGUGAGACGAACCAAACUCUAAUUAGGGUCGAUCUAAAUUUAAGUUUAGAUCGUCUGUUGGGUCAGACGGCGAAGCCUAUAAUCAGUUCCCUUUCGUAAGCGGUCUUUGCCAUUUAAACGGUCGAUGCCACCAUUGGUAACCAAGCCCUUAGUCAUGAUAGAUGCAAUAUAUUCGCGGGAUUAAGUUACAACAAGGAAAAUAAUACGUUUUUCAAUAGUCUGAGAAAGACAGACGUUGACGCCCAAGUUGAAUUUACGUUAAAAGUUAUUGAAAGGGCUAGGGUUACCUGUUAUUGAUGUAUCAGUUAAGAAAAACAGUUUGUUAGUUUAUGUACUUACAUUUUUCGUGGCGUGUCGGAGUGGUAGUGUAGUGGUGAUGGAGAGAGAUAAGGAUACGAAAGGUACGGGUUCUACCCUGCCUGGCGAUUUUCUUUCUUUUUAAUAGAAACAAUUUCAAUAACAGGACAAAAAUUUUAUUAGUGUCUUAAAAAUGGCAGCGACAGUUUACGAAAAGGACAACUACGACGGCGAACUUAGUCGAACCAAUCAACUGAAUGAGACCAAAAAGCAAUUUUAGCAAUUUUAGCCGAGUGAGGCUAAAUAUACAUUCUCAUUCAAAUUUUUAAUUUAUUAGUUCAGUUCGUCGCAUGUGAAAAUCGACGUGUUCGAAUUAGGAGCAGACGGGUAGAACGUGUUGGACGAACCAAACUCACUCAGGCGAACUUAAGUGAGCCAGACAUCGAACUUUUUACGAACUUGACUCACUAAGUUUGGUUCGUCUCAUGAAAAGUUCGACGUUUGACCUAGGCGUGAGGUGGGUUUUCCAGUUCGAUACAGAAGGCACGUUAGGAGAGUAAACAAUUGAGCAAUUAUUGGAUUCGGCUUUCGUGUGACCUGAAGAAUUAUAAGGGGAUUGAGGAAGGUUUAAUAUCCAUGGAGAUCUGGGUACACUGUAAUUUUCAGGGAGUUAUAAUAACUCCUCUAGUGGGGCUAAUUUAACUCCUUACAGUGGAGUUAUUUUAACUCCAAAAAGGAGUUAAAAGAACUCUUUUUCAGGAGUAAAAAUGACCCCAGAUAUUGAGGAGUUAAAAUAACCCCAAAAAAGGAGUUAUCCUGUACCUAAAAUUUUUACUCCACUUUCAGAGUUAAAUUAACUCCAAAAAGAGUAAAAACAACCCAUGUAAGGAGUACAAGUAACCCCAUUUCGGAGUGAUUUUAACUCCAGACUGGGAGUAAAAAGAACUCUUUUUCAGGAGUAAAAAUGACCCCAGAUAUUGAGGAGUUAAAAUAACCCCAAAAAAGGGGUUAUCCUGUACCUAAAAUUUUUAGUCCAUUUUUGGAGUUAUAAUAACUCCCUAAAAAUUACGGUGUACAUAAUUGUUCAGAUUAUACAAAAGCCAAAUCUAAUCAGGGCUUCUCCGUUACCGUCCCUUUUUUGGCGAUUAACUGGUGAGUAUACUACUGACGCCAUUUUCUGAUAGCAGGAGGAAAUUGAUUAUCUAUACAGUAACUGAUUUGAAAAGCGUUUGUACUCUAGCCGUGGGUGUAAAAGUCUAUGAGUGUGUGCCUUACCUUUUAUGCAAACCUCCUGUUAAACCACAGGGUAUGGACAAACAUGAACUUCUCUUUUAUUCCUUAAAUGUGCGUGUAUUUCAUAUUGCUUAAGGCAAAGUUACUCCAAAACCAGCUAAUGCGUAAGAGAAUGACAACAACAAAAAAAGCCGUGUGCAAAUUGGAGCAUCUUGGGAGAUUGCUGGGAAAAAUUUAUCUGUUCCUCAGUCCCAGCAAGACUGAUCGAAGGGUUCCCAGCCAGAAGGGUGUACCUAGUACAACCUGCAACCCGACUUACAGGGAACUCUCCCAGCAGACGUAUAUCCAGACAUUACUGAACAGUUUGGGUGUGGUCAAAGGACGAAAUUCUGCCUUUCAGUUGGGGGGGGGGGGAUGUCUGAGAAAUAGCACAUAGCAGCUAUUCUGGACAUCAAAUCCCCUCAGACACUCUGAUUUGCCUAGUUCCCACUUCCCAGCAACACUUCAAAGAACGUACUAGAGACUUUUAGAUUCAAGGACGACAACGACUACGAGUAUGAGAUUUAGCUUACAGUUUUUUCGCAUAUUCUCAACUGAAUAUAGACUCCUCGGAAAGCUUCAUUUUACCAUUUUUCAUUAGAAAAGUUAGCAUUAUUACCUUUAGUGAAGGAGGUUACACCCUCUCUCGAUCGCAAAAUGAUAAACUUCUAACAUUUGAUAACCUGUUUCUGCUACUUCGACAUUCACACCUAAACUCGCAGUAGAGUGACGACGAUUACGACGUUUUCCCGUCAAAAUGACGCUCUUUCACGCGCGAGCACUACUUACUAUUGAGAGAAUCUCGUACUCUUAGUCGUACUCGUCUUAGAAUCUAAACGUCUAUCAUUUUUUCCAAAUCUCCCAGCCAGCCAAAAUUUGCCUGUAGAAAAGAUAUUUUGAGGAACAGGUCCAUUGGGUGCCCCUGAUUCAUUAUAAACUGCCACAAAAAAUGCGUCGUGAGUUUUUUCAAAAUGCCGCACAACAUACGCGUAUUAUACCGGAAAAAGUGUCAGUCAGUACCGCCAGGUAUGUCGAAGGUAUAUAGCUUAGAAAGGAAAUGUGACCUAAAACUAGUUGUAAAAUAGCAGUCUGGAUAUUAAUUUCCCUUCAACUUACCCAUUUGAAACUUGCAACGGGAUGUCCCUUAUUACCUAGCAGGAUAGUCAUCUCCAGGAAAUAAUAAAUUGACGAUGACUUAGCGGUUUCCAAAUAUCUUUUCUGGCUAAGUUGAAUGAUGGCCAUGUAGUCGUAUUGACAUAAAACAAAAAACAAAAGCUAAAAAAUUACUCAGUAAAUACGUUUUACCUCUAGAAUAUAGAAAACAUCAUCGUAUGUCUGUAUGUGUGUGUUUCCAAACAGAUUUGAAUGACAAGCCAAGUAAAGUGAGUGUUCUUAAGCGAGCUUUUGAGGAAGUUUCCUUCAUAUCAGCUGAACGUAAAGACGGUGUUGAAAGCCGUGAACAUGCAGCAGAAAGAAAACAUUCUCCACAAACCAGAAAAGGUAAAAUUUACGCCUUGAUCAACAUCUUAAUUUCAAUUACACUGAGAUGGCUCCCCACUUACCAAAAAAUAAACAAGGCAUUAUAGGAACAAUUAUGUCUUGUUUGCAAAAUAGCUGGAUGUUUAUUUUCUGUACAAAAUGCACAUCUAAUCCGCGGCGGAAUCCUCAUAUGAAAGAGGUGGGGAUGCUCGUCGGAAAUUUUGAAUUAAACCCCUAAAAGAGACCGAUUUGGGCGUAGCCCAAGCUUUUUUGAGCCCUAAAAGAGACUAUGUUAAAACACAGACGAUACACAUAUUUUUAUAUUUUUUCAAGAACAACCCUAAACGAGACCUUCACGGCUAAAUAUGAUGGCGUUUUGCCCAGGACACCCUAAGUGAGACCAAAAUCCGAAAUUUAAACCCCUAAGGGAGACGACGAGCAUCCCCACCCCUUUCAUAUGCGGAGACCUCCCCCAGGGUAUCCAAUGACCGGAACGAUGCCGACUCCAGGGCUGCUUGAACGACCGUGAAUGCAUUUGCAUUAGGCAUUUGCAAUCAUGUGUUCUAUGAGUGUUUCUUUUUUCGCUUCCGUGCGCGUGGAGGAAAAGGAGCGCAAAGAGAUCAACGGUGUCGUGGAGAAAAGGCCGUGUACGUACCUAUUCCGCGGAGCGUAUGUCACCUUCUUCCUUUCUCUAAACAGCAAUUGCAAAACCAGCCAAUAAAACGAUUACAAAUUGCACUAGCUAAACGUUCGAUGCGAAUAACAGCCAGUUCUAGAACACCUCAAAAUGAUACCCCAAUAGUUUUUUGGGCCUGAAACUUCAAUGAUUUUCUAUUGUUUUUAAGCUCUCGUAAGCGACCACCUGACGCAUUCUCUGAUCUCUGUGUACGCUAUGUGCACUAUGCUACUUGGAAUAUACGACAUGUACGAAGAACUUAGUAACAACAUGGAACUACACAUUGUGUAACUUAGAAAUCGCAUGCAAUAAAUUAUCUUCCAUAAAGUAGAUAUGCUUGGACCUCUUCUCGGAAAAGACCCACUGUGGUUCGAUUCUUGUAAGGGACCACCACCUGUGAGCGACCACUAAGUCUUUGCAUUUUGGGUGGUCGCUUACAGGAGGUUCAACUGUAGUAGGGCCUUCUCAUAUGGUAGCAGUAAUACUAACCAGUGGUGCUAUAGCCAAAAAACGUGGCACCGGCCUCCUUUGUGUGUAAAAUGAAUGGGCGGCAUAUGUGUUGAGCGCGAAAAACGAGGCGAACCAAGCAGGGGAUUGGGAAGAGAAGGCUGAAUAUUCUUGUGUUUAUUGUUACAUUAAGCGACCACCCAAAAUGCAAGGACUUAGUGGUCGCUUACAGGUGGUGGUCGCUUACAAGAAUCGAACCACAGGGGAUCUCUUCCGAGAAGAGGUCCAAGCACAUCUACUUUAUGGAAGAUAAUUUAUUGCAUGCGAUUUCUAAGUUACGCCAUGUGUAGUUCCAUGUUGUUACUUUAUUCUUCGUACGUGUCGUAUAUUCCAAGUAGCAUAGUACACAUAGCGUACACAGAGAUCAGAGAAUGCGUCAGGUGGUAGCUUACAAGAGCUUAAAAACAAUGGAAAAUCAUUAAAGUUUCAGGCCCAAAAAGUGGUCGCGGUCGCUUACGGGAGGUGAUCGUUUACUAUUCAGAGUUAAAUUAACUCCAAAAAGAGUAAAAACAACCCAUGUAAGGAGUACAAGUAACCCCAUUUCGGAGUGAUUUUAACUCCAGACUGGGAGUAAAAAGAACUCUUUUUCAGGAGUAAAAAUGACCCCAGAUAUUGAGGAGUUAAAAUAACCCCAAAAAAGGGGUUAUCCUGUACCUAAAAUUUUUAGUCCAUUUUUGGAGUUAUAAUAACUCCCUAAAAAUUACGGUGUACAUAAUUGUUCAGAUUAUACAAAAGCCAAAUCUAAUCAGGGCUUCUCCGUUACCGUCCCUUUUUUGGCGAUUAACUGGUGAGUAUACUACUGACGCCAUUUUCUGAUAGCAGGAGGAAAUUGAUUAUCUAUACAGUAACUGAUUUGAAAAGCGUUUGUACUCUAGCCGUGGGUGUAAAAGUCUAUGAGUGUGUGCCUUACCUUUUAUGCAAACCUCCUGUUAAACCACAGGGUAUGGACAAACAUGAACUUCUCUUUUAUUCCUUAAAUGUGCGUGUAUUUCAUAUUGCUUAAGGCAAAGUUACUCCAAAACCAGCUAAUGCGUAAGAGAAUGACAACAACAAAAAAAGCCGUGUGCAAAUUGGAGCAUCUUGGGAGAUUGCUGGGAAAAAUUUAUCUGUUCCUCAGUCCCAGCAAGACUGAUCGAAGGGUUCCCAGCCAGAAGGGUGUACCUAGUACAACCUGCAACCCGACUUACAGGGAACUCUCCCAGCAGACGUAUAUCCAGACAUUACUGAACAGUUUGGGUGUGGUCAAAGGACGAAAUUCUGCCUUUCAGUUGGGGGGGGGGGGAUGUCUGAGAAAUAGCACAUAGCAGCUAUUCUGGACAUCAAAUCCCCUCAGACACUCUGAUUUGCCUAGUUCCCACUUCCCAGCAACACUUCAAAGAACGUACUAGAGACUUUUAGAUUCAAGGACGACAACGACUACGAGUAUGAGAUUUAGCUUACAGUUUUUUCGCAUAUUCUCAACUGAAUAUAGACUCCUCGGAAAGCUUCAUUUUACCAUUUUUCAUUAGAAAAGUUAGCAUUAUUACCUUUAGUGAAGGAGGUUACACCCUCUCUCGAUCGCAAAAUGAUAAACUUCUAACAUUUGAUAACCUGUUUCUGCUACUUCGACAUUCACACCUAAACUCGCAGUAGAGUGACGACGAUUACGACGUUUUCCCGUCAAAAUGACGCUCUUUCACGCGCGAGCACUACUUACUAUUGAGAGAAUCUCGUACUCUUAGUCGUACUCGUCUUAGAAUCUAAACGUCUAUCAUUUUUUCCAAAUCUCCCAGCCAGCCAAAAUUUGCCUGUAGAAAAGAUAUUUUGAGGAACAGGUCCAUUGGGUGCCCCUGAUUCAUUAUAAACUGCCACAAAAAAUGCGUCGUGAGUUUUUUCAAAAUGCCGCACAACAUACGCGUAUUAUACCGGAAAAAGUGUCAGUCAGUACCGCCAGGUAUGUCGAAGGUAUAUAGCUUAGAAAGGAAAUGUGACCUAAAACUAGUUGUAAAAUAGCAGUCUGGAUAUUAAUUUCCCUUCAACUUACCCAUUUGAAACUUGCAACGGGAUGUCCCUUAUUACCUAGCAGGAUAGUCAUCUCCAGGAAAUAAUAAAUUGACGAUGACUUAGCGGUUUCCAAAUAUCUUUUCUGGCUAAGUUGAAUGAUGGCCAUGUAGUCGUAUUGACAUAAAACAAAAAACAAAAGCUAAAAAAUUACUCAGUAAAUACGUUUUACCUCUAGAAUAUAGAAAACAUCAUCGUAUGUCUGUAUGUGUGUGUUUCCAAACAGAUUUGAAUGACAAGCCAAGUAAAGUGAGUGUUCUUAAGCGAGCUUUUGAGGAAGUUUCCUUCAUAUCAGCUGAACGUAAAGACGGUGUUGAAAGCCGUGAACAUGCAGCAGAAAGAAAACAUUCUCCACAAACCAGAAAAGGUAAAAUUUACGCCUUGAUCAACAUCUUAAUUUCAAUUACACUGAGAUGGCUCCCCACUUACCAAAAAAUAAACAAGGCAUUAUAGGAACAAUUAUGUCUUGUUUGCAAAAUAGCUGGAUGUUUAUUUUCUGUACAAAAUGCACAUCUAAUCCGCGGCGGAAUCCUCAUAUGAAAGAGGUGGGGAUGCUCGUCGGAAAUUUUGAAUUAAACCCCUAAAAGAGACCGAUUUGGGCGUAGCCCAAGCUUUUUUGAGCCCUAAAAGAGACUAUGUUAAAACACAGACGAUACACAUAUUUUUAUAUUUUUUCAAGAACAACCCUAAACGAGACCUUCACGGCUAAAUAUGAUGGCGUUUUGCCCAGGACACCCUAAGUGAGACCAAAAUCCGAAAUUUAAACCCCUAAGGGAGACGACGAGCAUCCCCACCCCUUUCAUAUGCGGAGACCUCCCCCAGGGUAUCCAAUGACCGGAACGAUGCCGACUCCAGGGCUGCUUGAACGACCGUGAAUGCAUUUGCAUUAGGCAUUUGCAAUCAUGUGUUCUAUGAGUGUUUCUUUUUUCGCUUCCGUGCGCGUGGAGGAAAAGGAGCGCAAAGAGAUCAACGGUGUCGUGGAGAAAAGGCCGUGUACGUACCUAUUCCGCGGAGCGUAUGUCACCUUCUUCCUUUCUCUAAACAGCAAUUGCAAAACCAGCCAAUAAAACGAUUACAAAUUGCACUAGCUAAACGUUCGAUGCGAAUAACAGCCAGUUCUAGAACACCUCAAAAUGAUACCCCAAUAGUUUUUUGGGCCUGAAACUUCAAUGAUUUUCUAUUGUUUUUAAGCUCUCGUAAGCGACCACCUGACGCAUUCUCUGAUCUCUGUGUACGCUAUGUGCACUAUGCUACUUGGAAUAUACGACAUGUACGAAGAACUUAGUAACAACAUGGAACUACACAUUGUGUAACUUAGAAAUCGCAUGCAAUAAAUUAUCUUCCAUAAAGUAGAUAUGCUUGGACCUCUUCUCGGAAAAGACCCACUGUGGUUCGAUUCUUGUAAGGGACCACCACCUGUGAGCGACCACUAAGUCUUUGCAUUUUGGGUGGUCGCUUACAGGAGGUUCAACUGUAGUAGGGCCUUCUCAUAUGGUAGCAGUAAUACUAACCAGUGGUGCUAUAGCCAAAAAACGUGGCACCGGCCUCCUUUGUGUGUAAAAUGAAUGGGCGGCAUAUGUGUUGAGCGCGAAAAACGAGGCGAACCAAGCAGGGGAUUGGGAAGAGAAGGCUGAAUAUUCUUGUGUUUAUUGUUACAUUAAGCGACCACCCAAAAUGCAAGGACUUAGUGGUCGCUUACAGGUGGUGGUCGCUUACAAGAAUCGAACCACAGGGGAUCUCUUCCGAGAAGAGGUCCAAGCACAUCUACUUUAUGGAAGAUAAUUUAUUGCAUGCGAUUUCUAAGUUACGCCAUGUGUAGUUCCAUGUUGUUACUUUAUUCUUCGUACGUGUCGUAUAUUCCAAGUAGCAUAGUACACAUAGCGUACACAGAGAUCAGAGAAUGCGUCAGGUGGUAGCUUACAAGAGCUUAAAAACAAUGGAAAAUCAUUAAAGUUUCAGGCCCAAAAAGUGGUCGCGGUCGCUUACGGGAGGUGAUCGUUUACUAGAGGUUCCAACUGUAAGGCUUUGACCAGGAAAAUGUUGGUGUUUUGGGUUGGCGGUCGCUUAUUGGAGGUGGUCGCUUACAAGAGGUGGUUGCACAUGGAGGUUCGACUGUAUAUUGGCCCUCUGGGUUCUCUCGAGGUUUCCUUGGCACUUUCUGUUUUGUAUUAUUUCUUUUUCUUUUUUGAAAAAUCGAACGAUCACAAUUACAUGUUCCUGUUAUUUCUUUCUUUUCUCUCUCUCUUCCUCUGUUUCUCCCUUCUUCUCUUUUUUUCUUUUCGUACCAAUUUGGCACAUUUGGUAUAAUUCCCGUCAUAACAGAAAAUAAAGAAAUUUUUAAAACACCUGUUUUUAUCCGAUUUUGUUUCCGAUAGUACCAAGUGAAAUCAUAGCUAGAGGACCAGGGGCAAAACGUGCUUAUGAAAAUGCUUUGAAAAAUGGAAAGGUAAAGGUGUAUCGUGGUCGAAUCAUGUUCAUCGGCCAAGAUCGAGCGGGAAAGACGAGUUUAAAAAAACAUCUUCUUGGCCUGCCAUUUGACCCUGAUGAACAGAGUACAGACGGGGUGGAAGUUGACCCAUCUACAUUUGAAUUUGACGUCGACCACGCUACGAAUUGGAAGAUCACCAAUGAAAAGCUCAGUGUUUCUCAUUUUGCCAACGAGCUUGCAAAAAUAGUGGCAGGAAAACUUCAGGAAGAGAAAACUAACAUGAACCGGGAAGGUCAAGAUGAAAAGAAUAUUAAGGUUAGCAAAAUGUCCUGCAAUCAUCUCGAAAGAACUAGUUUCACUUUUUGACGUAAUUUGCCGUCCUACGUACUGGGUUGAAGAAACCUGACCUAAUUAAAACCUCACACUUAAGGAUACUCACGUAAAUUGCUCUCUCCGAAAUAAAGAAUAACAAUAUAAUGUUGCCAAACGCCAGUCGUUAAAAAAUCAGAUCAGUGUUCAUCAUAUUUAAUUAUGAAGAGCGAUACAGUUGGGCUCCAGAAAGUAGUAUAGGGCGCAGAUUUAAGGCAGUUUUCUACCUUUUUUUAAGUGGAAUCUGUGCUCAUUGGAGAGAAGUAUAAUUAUACAUUAAGGUGGCUGAACACAGUUUUGGCAGUUUGUGAGUAUACGUCAUUUGUCAAAUCAUGGCAAGAGAAGGGUUGCAGCUCACAAGCUGAAACUUGGCAAGUGAAAAAUAUACUCAUGAAAGAUUUUGAUCGACAGGUAAAAUGUGACGUUUUCGUUGUUUCCAUGGCAACAUGAACGAUGGAAUACAGCCUUAAAAUUUCACUUUUGCUCAGUUUACAUAAAAUUCGCUGAUUAGAUUUUCCUAUAAACUUGCGUACAGCUUACUAUAAUUAAUCAUUACCAUUUGAAACUUAUUUGACCCAAUUUUAAGAGAAGGGUUUUCAGAUAAUCAAUAACUAAUAAUUGUAUUACAAUUAUUAAAUGUAUCACAAAAUUCGUCUGUUCAACUUUCAUUUUAAAGUUCGCAUUAUUUAGAAUACGAUAAAAGUCAAAAUCCUGCCAAAUAUCACAAAAAUUUUGAUGAAUAGAUUUUGAGAAAUCGUGUUCUGUGUACCAUUGCUUUUUUCGCCGCCAUGUUUGUUUGUCUAAUUUAAAACACGCGCCGUCACGCGAGUUACCGCUGACUGCUCGCAAAACUGUGUUAAGCCACCUUAACGCCAAUGAGGUCAUCGCCUUUUGUCCUUAUCUCAUGACCAAAAAUCAGGGCGCAGAAAAAUCUCAUUAUGAUAACGUCGCGUUCGUUUUUAGAUUGUUUAACCGAUUUCACUGGUUUCAGGUUUUUAGUUAUUUUUCCAUUUCUAACGAGGGUAUAGUCGCUAAACUUUCAUUAACGUACAAUCACUAAAAGGUAAUUAACGUAACUGCCAGUUCCGCUUCACUGAAUUUUGGCGCGCCAUUCGUGCACAUCAAUGUGGGUUAUAGUAAAGAGGCUCCUCUUUCAACAACUAACAAGAUAGUUUUUGGCGAAAUGUUUUACUUACCCUUUCCUCCUCUUAUUAAUUCUUUCUUUGUAUAUUUAGAAUUUUUUAACUCAAACGAAAAAGAAGGAUACCGAAGAACCUGGAUUUCAUUCUCACAUAGCUAGCAAUUUGGAAAUCGAGGUUGAAGAAACUACGAGGUGCAUGAUCGACGGAAAGAUGGAAGAAGCUUCCCCUCCAGAAGACGUACCAGAAGUAGUGACUGCAGAACCUACAAUUUCCAUACCCGAAUUGAAGAUUGAUCCAGCCCAUCCUCCAGAAGACUUCACAGAAAUACUUGUUCAGCAUUUAAAGGGAUUAAAUCUGGAAAAAGAUGCGGAACAAGCUGAACAACACACGACGCUAGAUCUAUGGGACUUUGCAGGACAACAUCUUUAUUACGCUUCAUAUCCUGUGUUUUUGACGAAAAGAGCAAUUUAUCUGUUGGUCUACAACUUGAACAAGCCACUUGAAGCGGAGGCACUACCCUCUUUUAAACGAGAAAAUUGCGAAUUUCGUCUAAGGAAUCCAAAUUCCGAGACAAAUUUAGACAACCUCAUGUCAUGGCUUGCUUCAGUAAGUACUAUGUGUUCACAACAAAGGAAAGCUGGUAAAGAGGAAGAGAGGGAGCUCGAAUACCUGCGUCCUCCAGUAUUCAUUGUAGGAACACAUGCUGAUGAGCCAUAUAAAAGUAAUAUCAAGGAUAUUGAAUCACAGAUCCAGAAGGCGAUUUCAGGAAAAAGCUUUGCAAACCACGUGAUUCGUCCUUUCUUUUCAAUUUCUAACAAGUCAGGUUCAGACGAAAAGCAGCUCGUCGAUCUCAAAGACAAGAUAAUCGAGGUGUUAAAGCAGGAGCCAUACAUGGGAGAGGAGUUGCCACUUCGGUAAGUUUUGUCAUAAAAGAUUACUCCAAAGCAGUUUCGUCCUGUAUAAUAUCAUAUUUCCACGUUGUGAAUUUUUUUCGAUGAUCGUGAAAGCUACAACCAAUUGCAAAGCUACUGGGGCACUUCGACAAAAACCGGCCUUUUUACAUCAAAUGGCUGCUAGGCUCAUAUCUCCGAGAAAUAACACUUAGCCCCUCUCUCCCCUCCAUUCAAAGUAUUUCCUCCAAUUUUCAGCAUUUUACAAGAGGAUCACAAGCACAAGAUCAUGCUCAGGCCAAACAAGGUAGUGUGUCAAGUAUUUUUGCAAAUGGUUGUAGCUUCUUCAAAACACCAUUCCAGGUGCAACUUUAUGUUCAAUCUUGAUUUGCUAGGAUGUUACUAAGACGAGGAACGAAGAACUAGUAACGAGCACGGAGAAAGGGAAAAUUAAACCAAAAUUGCAACAAAGCAGAGAAUGGGUAAUCAAUUUACUGAUACUGCUAGGGUGGACGUUAAGUUUUGUUACCAUUUUUCAAGUCCCGUUACCCGUCCUCGUUCCGCUGUCCCCGUUGCUUGUUUUAGUUACAUCUGAUUUAAAAGCCUUUCUAUACAUAUGCGCCUUUUACCUUGUCUCAAACUUUCAUUCAGAAUGCCGUUCAAUUUAACGCUAAACCUAACCUACGGACAGGUUAAAAUGACGAUAUUGAGACUCAAGAAUAACCUCAGCGGAGAUAUUUCUGACGCUCCCACAUUCCUUCAGCCAUUUGGAUGCCUUUUUCGUUCACAACUUCGUUUUUCCUGCAGGUGGUUCAAUUUUGAGAAGGUCAUUAAAAGCUUGGUUGCAGCGAACAUUCAGCACUUGGGCCUAAAGGAUCUACGAACCAUUGUUCGGAAAGUCUGCUUCAUCGAAGACGAGAAGGAGAUGGACACCAUGCUUGAUUUUUAUCAUGACCUUGGCAUCAUUGUUAAACACCGAAACACAGUUAUACUGCAGUCCCAAUGGCUAAUUGAUAUUUUCAGGAAACUUAUAACCAUCCGUCAUUUCAACGAUAUGGUAAUUUAAAAGUAAAACUUCUGGGAUAAAUGGGGUAAUUUCCUUAGGAUUUAUUAGUAUGAAUAUUGUUGGGGGUUACAUAAAAAUCUAUGCAACAUCGCAGAAAUUCACCAACACACAGCUUAUCUCCGUAGGGCGCACGGGCUAAGGGGGAGGGGAGAGGGGUCAAGAUUCCUUACAAAACGUUCCAUUAUUCGGUAAAACAGCACUUGGGAUAAGACUUAAAAACAAAUAAAAAGGAAGUCAAAACACAGAGUUUUAGUAUAUACACACUCAGUGAUCUUGGUGAUUUAAGCAAUCUGAUUGGUUCGCUAUCUCGAACUAUUCAACAAUAUUCACCUCCUAGCGAGUGGAUAAUGUGUGAACUCGUUUUUUUUGUCUUAAUUUUUAAAGAACGAUCUUUUAAAAGAACGACACAACAAACCUUUUCGGCCAUAAACUUGGCGAGUCAACAGAAAAGCACAAAGCUUUACUUUUCUUUUCAGGUAAGGAAACAAUUCAAACUUUUAACGCUUCCCUUUAAGCCAUUACGCUGUUGUUUGCGAAGUGAUAAGCUUGUAUGUGAAUUACUAUGUUUGAAAAUUCUAUAAACUUUCGCGUGAUUUGAUCUGUCAAUCAAAUCAUACUCUUCUUUUUAAUGGUUUCCUCUCUGAUUUUUUUGAGAUCACUUCGUGUGUAUAUACUAAAAUAAUUAUUCUUUCUAAUCUCGGUGAAUAGUGGCUUUAGGAAUAUUUACCUCGAUUUCAAAGGAUAAUUAUUAAUGUAACCACGACAGUCGUUUCUAAACGUCAGUCUAAAUGCGCACAUGUCAAAUCUAGAUGCGUGGUGUCGAUGCCUGUUAUUCACUCUUUAUCCCAGUAUCUUCAUUGAUUUCUGUCAGUGACGUCCAUUGUGAGCUGGGAAUCUGAGAUCUCUAGAUACAUUUCAGUUUAAAGCGAUCAGUUCGAUACUUCGUAGCACGUUGUGACAGAAUAGAUUGUGCUCGCCAACGUUCAUAUUGAGCACUCCUAUGAGUGUAAGUCAUUGUGAACAGAUCUGAAACGGACAACGCCACGGGAGGAGUUAAUUUUCAAAGUAUGUUUCUGAUUUUGCCAGAUCAAAUAGACUAUGCGACGUUUCAAAAUAACUUAUUAAGUUUGUUUAAAGUUAUUUUGAAAUUAUUAUUGUUUCAUUAAGCGUGAAAAUUUUAAACGUUUUUCUUUUUCAUACGAUCUAAGUACUUUUGUAUCCCGUUUACAACACCAAGACGUUGGGGCAUUGUGUAAUUUCUUCGGGCAAGGUCGCCGACGCCGCUGCCCCCGAGCCAAAGUCCGAAGGUGCGCGUACGUCUAUGAGCUUACUUAAAGCUCUUCAAAAAACAAUAUUUCAAACGACAGAUGAAAAGGAGUUGUUUGAGGAGGCGCGCGAUGGUGUGUGGAAGCGUUUUAAAUUUAAGAACAACAGAUCUGCAUUUUUAUUUUUUCUUGUGGUGACAUAUUCGUUCUAUUUUUGCAGAAGUCCAAACAUUCCCUUCUGUGGAAAAAAAUGGAGAUAACCGGUGUUCUCUCCAUGGAACUCGUCGAUCACGUGUUUUCCAAAUUUUGUCAGCAAAGUUUUGCAAAAGAAAACAUCUUACACUUGAUGGAACAGUUUGGUUUGAUUGCCAAGUGUGCAUUUCCUAUAAAUGAUGUGAAGUACUUUGUUCCAGCUCAACUACGUUCACAACCUGGACGACUUUGCCAUUUGAAACCAGCCCCGACAGACCCUUGCCCGUUAUAUCUUCAGUUUCCAUCUGGAUUUGUUCCACACGGGCUUUUUACGCAACUCCUAUCUCGUUGUACCAGAUGGUGUUCCAAAAUUGAAUUCAAGGAGGCGCCCAGACUCUUUGAUGGGGUAGCCAGGUUUACGCUGCUAUCAAAGGAUUUUUCCUACCAGCUAAUCUGUGUUCGCAAGAAAAGCUUUAUUAAGUUUCUCUUGCGUCAUUUUCAAACACAGCCGUGUCAAGCAGCUCCACUGACAGAAAUUGAAGAAAUGGCCUCUCUCGUGUGGAGAUUUCUAAAACAGACAAUGACUUCUUUGUUGGAUGAGUGGCCCUACUUGACCAGUUUGGAAUAUAAUUGGUGCGUCGCAUGUACCGACUGUUCAGAGGGGCACGUCAUGUGUGAUAGCCAUGGUAAAGUUGCAUGCAGGCACGAUGAUUGUUCGUGCCUUCUUAAAAUUCUGCAAGACGGGCAAAUGAAUAAUUGCCCAAAGAGCUUUGGCAAUAAAACCACGAAUGUUCCAGGACUAGAAAAAUGGUUUCCCAUCAAAGGUGAGGAAAACCUAUCUGUAACUACUAGAAAUUUGCAUGUUUGCCUGACUUGCAUUGCACCAAAUACCUCGGUAUUUUUCAUUUAGGUCGUCUUAGCAAUGAAUAAUUUAUUUUGGUUAUAUAAAACUGUUCCCUAAAAGCAAGUACACAAUUAACAGUAGAGUCCCAAAUUAAAUGUGGAUGUCCCAUAUUUUAAUAAUGAUGUUCGCCAUUGGUGGAUCAGUACACAACACCCUAUAAUAUAUAUAUUUAACGAUAAACAAAUCGAAUUUGGACGAGUCUGUAGCACAAGGAACAAAGUUACUAUAUUCUUGAUCAGUUUCUUGCUUAUCAGGCUUACCUAUCGGGAACUUUUUGUUGUAUAUGGCACUGUCUUAAUUCAACAAGGGCAGUAACAACAGAUUAUUCCUUUUGCUGAUGCCUCAGUUACCACGGUUGUCCUUCCAAGACGCCAUUGUGAGAGUCGCACCCUCCUCCUCCUUCAAAGUCCAGAUACACAGACGGACGAGUGAUAAAAGGCGUUACGUUGCAAUUGUAGAGGAAACGCUUGUAAUGACGCAGUCAAGAAUCUGAAAUUUUCCUACUUUUGUCGGAAGACAAACUUUAUUAAACUUGCUAAAAAAUCCUACCACUAGUUAUUCUGUUAGGUCAUGUUACCCUUCCGCGAAAACUCUGCAAUGAAAAGCGACAGGGAAAAUUGUAAGUACACCCAAACAUUGUUUGACAGCAAGGUGUAAGGCAAAGGGCACAACGCCAGUUAUGACAACGCCAGAGGAUGAAUCCAGGUCCAGAACUUAAGUCAACCACCAUGAAGCGUGCCCUGCUUCGUUCCCCUCAGGCUAAAUAUUCUUACUUUUUUGCCGAUUUAAGGCUGAAAGUACUUGUAUUAUUCUUAGUUUAUAGCGUAUGAUAUUUCCCUUUUGGAGUAUUAUAAUUUUAAUAAACAUUUUUUUUAUGUAGAUGUUCGCCCAGGUCAUCAUCCUGGAACAGACUUUGUCUACAAAAUGACUGCUCUUCCAAGAGGGAUUGCAAUGAUCAUUAAUAACGAGUUGUUUGCAGAUAAUACUAAACAUGGCAAACAAACACCACGCCACGGCUCUGAAGAAGAUGUCCGUCAAGUAAAAGAAAUGUUCAGCGCUCUGGGAUUUGAGGUACACAUUAGAGAGAAUCGUACUAAAACAGAGAUGUUGAACGAGGUAGACUUUUUUGCAUACGAAAAGGACCACAGUGACUACGAUUGUUUUGUGCUCUGGCUCAUGAGUCAUGGAAGGAGUGGCGAAGUGUUUGGCUCUGAUGGUGUUCCAUUACCAAUCCAGACAAUAAAAGACAUGCUUUCCAACGCCAGCUGUACAACACUAAGGGGAAAACCAAAGCUCCUUUUUGUCCAAGCAUGCAGAGGGGAUAAAGAAGACGAAGGGGUUAACCUCGUGACUAAUGCAUGUGGUUCGCCCUCUGUCCAAAUGCCUUCUCCCUGUCCUGAUUCGCCGAUUGAUCAAACGAAAAGUCCUUCACCGGAGAGGAUGGCUGGGCAAACAGAUUUCCUAACAGCGUACUCAACAGUUGAGGGAUACGUGUCAUAUAGAUUUCCUAACCUAGGAAGCAAUUUUGUUCGUGCACUUGUGAAAGUUUUCCGAGAACAUGUUGCUCACGACCACCUCGUUAACCUCCUGACCAAAGUAAUCAAAAGAGUCAGCGACAUGGAAUCAAUAGAAAAUGCCCGCAAAUUUAAACAAGCACCUCAAUUUGAAACCACCCUUGUUAAAGAACUUUGGUUUUAA